UUUAGCUGCAGGUGUUGAUCUGAUCGAAUAAUUGUUGGAUCUUGGCACUGUUGAACUUUAUCCUGAGCCCACUAUGGCAGAGAAUCAUGUCUUUCAUGCAUGGGAUUAUGUUGUUUUCGCCUCUAUGCUGUUAGUGUCCACUGCAAUUGGACUGUUUUAUGCUUUUAAACGUGGCGGAGCAGGGCAGAGAACAACAGAAGAUUUCCUGGUGGGCAACCGACAAAUAUCUGCCUAUCCAAUUGCCUUCUCAUUGGCUGCCAGCUUCAUGUCUGCUGUUGCAUUGAUUGGCUAUCCAGCUGAAGUGUACAACACGGGGUUGAAUAUUCUGAUGCUGAACGUUGCUAGAAUACUUACAACGAUAACCGUUUGCUUGGUUUACAUUCCACUCUUCUACCGACUAAACAUUAUUAGUACUUACGAGUUACAGAGCAUUCAAAAUUUAACUGGAUUGAUAAUCUGUCGGGACCAUAAUGCAGCCACUUGCAGUGUUAGCAUCUCUCACUUGGCCACUGAGUUAAAUCUAUUGCUAUUUGUCAUGUCUUCACAGGGUGGUAUUAAGGCUGUUGUCUGGACAGAUGUAUUCCAGCUGUGCAUCAUGAUGAUUGGUCUUCUGGCUGUGCUGAUUCAGGGAUCAAUCCAUGUUGGAAGCUUUGGAAAGAUUUGGAACAUUGCAAAGAACAAUGGCCGGACUAGCCUUUUUGACUUUGAUCCUGAUCCAAGGAAAAGAUACACAUUUUGGACCGUGAGUUUUGGAGCUUUAUUUGGAUGGACAUCGAUAUAUGGCUGUAACCAAGUACAAAUACAAAGAUACUUGUCCUGCAAGAGUGAGAAAGAGGCAAGAAAAGCUGUCGUCCUGAACGUGAUUGGUACUUGUAUUUUGUUCACAUUAUCCUGCCUCUGUGGUUUAGUUAUGUAUGCUGUUUACGAAAAUUGUGAUCCAAUAAAGGCGAACAGAGUUAGCACCACUGAUGAGCUGACCCCAUUAUUAGUUAUGGAGUUAUUCGAUCAGAUGCCUGGAUUUCCUGGCCUAUUUGUUGCCAGUGCAUACAGUGGCACACUGAGCACAAUUUCUUCUGGCAUCAGUGCUUUGGCUGCUGUCUGUAUUGAAGAUUUAAUUAAACCAACCUGGAAACCCUGGGGACGACUUUCGAGUCGGAAGAAGACUCUGAUCUCAAAACUCCUAGCAAUGACUUUUGGACUAAUUACAAUAGGCCUGACUGGAGUCAGUUCUCUCAUGGGAAGAAAUAUAAUUCAGGCAACGCUAACUUUUGAAGGGAUAAUCCUAGGACCCAUACUUGGUGUAUUUACUUUAGCAGCAAUAUUUCCAAAGAGCAAUAGUGGAAGUGAGAAUCUGGAUCCUUGUCUAAUUUCUCCCAUAGUCCACACUAUUUACAAAUACAUCUUCAAAACCAAACCUACCCCAUCAAUCACAGAAACAAAUGACAACUUGAUCCAACAUCCAGUGCCCAGGGAAAGUUCCAACGGCUGUGACAAUUCUACAGUUUUAAAUCCUAUCAAAUCAACCAAGCUGUAA